AUGAAUCCAAAAGAUCGUUUACAUUCGUUCAAAUAUCAAGAAAGCUCUAUCAAUACCACAGCCUCGGGCAUAAGAAAGCCCAAGAUCACAAAAUCCAAAGCCACAGUCAAACGGGAUGAAAUUUUGCGUGAUCUACCGCCUUCAAUAAAGAGCGGGCUCACAGUAGUGUUUGUGGGAUUCAAUCCCGGAAUCGAAUCAUCCAAACAGCAGCACCACUAUGCACAUUUUACAAACUUGUUCUGGAAAUUGUUUAAUGAGUCAGACCUUCUACGAAAAGUACUAGCUCGAAGAGAUCUAAAUGUUGCAGAUCACAAGUUACUUCUUCUGCUAUACGAAAACGAGCAUAGCAAGUGCACUGCUACGGCUGCCAACGAUAAUGACUUAUUGGACUUUGGUAUUGGCUUUACGGAUCUUGUACUUCGAUGCACAAAAACAGCGCAGGAGCUCAGUACAGCGGAGAAAUUGAGUAAUGUUCCUAGAUUGAUGCGGGAGUUUCAAGAAAGCGAGGCUCCCUUCAUUGUGUUCAUAGGAAAGGGCAUUUGGGAGAUCGUGGUGCGUAGCUUGAAACCUGGGCACAAGUUGACCAAAACGAAUUUUCAAUGGGGAAAGCAAGACCCGAGCAGUCCAUUAAUCAAGGCAUUCCAUAUAAUGUGCCAAUACUCCCCGUCGGUAUAUGUCUUUCCCAAUACGUCAGGAUUGGUCGCUCUGAUGAAAUAUCCUGAGAAGCUAUCGUUGUGGCUUUCUUUGGUGGAGACUAUCUAG